AUGGCUACAGCAAGGUCAGAUACCGACAAGACUCCUGUUGUUUGUUCUGUUGAAGAAGAUGAGAGGCAGCCAUCCGACUCUCUAGGGACUUCCCAGCUUGAAGACCAAGUUACCCAAUCCAAGCCACAUCAUAUUUUCUCUCGUCGUAAGAAGUUGCAAAUGGUAUGCAUCGUUUCAAUGGCUGCCAUUUUCUCCCCCUUAUCGUCGAACAUUUAUUUCCCAGCCCUGGGCGAGGUGUCAAGUGUAAGUACGACAACAAGAAAAUAUACCAUGGGCAACCUUUCGAGGGGGGUAACACCUACAUUUUGGGGUUCGAUUUCAGAUGCCACAGGGAGGCGUCCAGUCUUUAUUGGGACGUUCAUUGUGUACAUGAUCGCCAACGUUGCCCUUGCUGUGUCCACCAACUAUGGAGAACUCAUGGCUUUUCGUGCCCUACAGGCUGCUGGUAGUGCGGCUACAAUUUCCAUUGGCGCAGGUGUCAUUGGUGAUAUCACCACUUCAGCGGAAAGGGGAAGCCUUGUGGGUAUAUUUGGAGGAGUUCGGAUGCUUGGGCAAGGGAUCGGCCCGGUUAUUGGCGGCAUCUUGACUCAGUACUUAGGUUUUCGCUCCAUAUUUUGGUUUCUCACGAUAUGCGCGGCCGUGAGCCUUUUGUCUAUUCUUAUAUUUCUACCCGAGACGCUGAGGCAUAUCGCCGGUAACGGUACUGUUAGGCUGAGAGGUAUCCAUAAGCCUUUUCUGUAUGUGGCUAUCGGACAGAAGGGAGCCAUUACUGGAGCCGACCCGGGCCAGAAGAAGCCUGAAUUGACAUGGCGUGCUAUACUUGCUCCUCUCACAUUCCUGGUAGAAAAGGACAUUUUCGUCACCCUUCUCUUUGGAAGCAUCGUUUACGCGGUUUGGAGUAUGGUGACUUCCAGUACUACAGAUCUUUUCCAGGAUGUCUAUCAUCUGACCUCAUUAGAGGUUGGCUUGACAUUUUUGGGGAAUGGAUUUGGAUGUAUAUCGGGGUCGUAUUUGGUCGGGUAUCUUAUGGACUAUAACCACAGAUUGACGGAACGCGAAUACUGCGAGCAACAUGGCUACCCAUCUGGUACGCGGGUCAACCUGAAAUCUCACCCGGAUUUCCCUAUUGAAGUAGCCCGAAUGCGUCACACUUGGUGGAUUGUUGGACUAUUCAUCGUGACAACUGCUGUCUACGGCGUCUCGCUUCGAACACACAUAGCGGUUCCCAUCGUUUUGCAGUACUUUAUUGCUCUGUGCUCAACGGGGAUAUUUACCAUCAAUAGCGCAUUGGUCAUUGAUCUCUACCCUGGGGCCAGCGCCAGUGCAACAGCAGUGAAUAACCUGAUGAGAUGCUUGGUGGGAGCUGCUGGAGUGGCGGCAAUGCAACCCCUACUGGACAUGCUGACUGCCGAUUACACCUUUCUCUUGCUUGCGGGGAUCACGUUGGGAAUGGCCCCUCUAUUAUGGAUGGAAAGUCGAUUUGGAGCUUCAUGGCGGCGUGAGCGAGAGAUGAGACUGAAGGAUAAAAGUUGUAUUUGAGGAAAGUCAUGCUGUAGGAGAUUGAUCGAUUCUGGGAGUCUGGUGUGUACUGUACA